UCACUAAAACGUGAAUGAAAAGCAUCAUUAUUUUUUAAAACAAUCUAUAUUGUUAAAUAUUAUUGUUGACUUUAUUUAAAAUUACAAAACGUUUUUUUUUGUUAUAUAUAUAUAAAAAAAACACAGUAAAAAACGUUUCUAAUCCUUUGAUAACUAGAGCUAUAAAUAAUCGGUAACGAGUUGGAUAACUGCUUCUGAAAACUUCUCACACAGAAACAAUCGGAGCAACUGAAAAAAAAAAAAAUGGCACGAGGACACCAGAAAAUUCAAUCCCAGGCUAAAGCUGCUGAAAAGAGUGCGAAAUUGAAAAAACAACAAGGCCACAGUGCUAAUGAACAAAAAAAGGCUGCCCAGAAAGCCCUUGUUCAUGUCUGUGUUGUUUGUAAGGCUCAGAUGCCAGAUCCUAAGACGUAUAAACAACAUUUUGAAAAUAAACAUCCAAAGAACGACAUGCCAGAUGAUUUGAAAAAUAUAUGAAGGUUGUUAUUUCUGGUUUGGUUGUAAGAUAAUUAAGGCGAAUCAAGUAAUAAAAAAAAAGAGAGAGAGAGAAUUAAUAUUUGGAAUUCGAGUGGCUCACCAAAUUCUCAAUAAUAAUUAUAAUAAUAAUGAAUGUAUAGGUAAUAAAUAAAAAUCGGAUAAUUUCUAUUAAGACAUGAGACAAAAAUAAAGCAUCGCUGCUAUAAAAUAGAAAAAUAAAUUUUAAAAAAAUCAAAUAUUUGCGUUAGAUAGUAAACUCGUCUCAUCUCUAUCUUAAUUGCCAAUUAUUUUUAAUUAAUUGUAUCCACACAAUUUAUUAUUAACUAUUAAAUAUUUUUUUUAAGUAUUCAUUAAUGUUAAUUAAUAUUUUUAUGUAGUUAAAAAAAAAAUUUUAUACAACAGCACAAGCUUCAAUACGUAUAUUAAUAAUAAUAAUGAUGAUUCUUUUAUUCAAAGUAUGUAAUUAAUUUAAAUAUUAAUAAUUAUAAUGAUAAACAUAAAGAAACGUGAAUCGAUGUAGGAAUAAUUAAGAAUACGACUUAAUGAAAAUGUCAAAAUAGUAAGAUAAUGAAAGAUUUAAAAAGUAGAAUGUAAAUAGAUAGAUAACUUUCAAAACAUUUUUUAAUUUUUAGUAUGUAUGAUUUAGUUGUUACAUUAUUUGAAAUGGUAAUGGGUAUAGUUUUAUUUUUCAGAAUCAUUGAAUCACGUGUCUUUACAUUGAGGUAUUUUAUUCAGUGAAUCGUACUCCUCGUUAUAUUACUCUAAAUAUGCUUACGAUUUUCUUAUUAUAAUAAUGUAAUACUUGUGAUUAUGACCAUGAUUAUAAUGUAGAUCACUGAUACGAUACAAAACUGCCAAUUUCACGAUAAUUUUAAUAAUGUAAUCGUUGAAAGUAACUGAUAAAGAUAAAAAAUAUGUUAAAAUUCA